GGAGAACAUUAAAUCAAUCCACUAGAAAAGCCGUUGUUCACGUUGAGACGCAGCGACAAGGUGUUAGAAAUUGUUUGGUGAAGACUUGAUAGGUGUGCGGAAUGUUUCCGUUUACUAGUCUAAACUUCAAACAAUUGGUGGGCAUUCCAAUCAUGGAAUUUCUCAAGCUUCAUGCAACGCGCACGUAUUCCCACAUAGAAAAUGCCGCCUCUCACUAUACCAAAGCCAAUCCAUUUUGGGUCGUUCCUGGUGACUAACCAGGUCUUCCACAUCACUCCUCUCUCAUUCGCUCUUGUCAAUCUGAAGCCUUUACUUCCAGGUCAUGUGCUAGUAUCCCCGAUCCGCGUCGUCCCACGUUUCAACGAUCUUCAACCGGAAGAAGUUCACGACCUCUUUCAGACUGUCCAGCGCGUGUCGCGCAUGAUCGAGCGCGUCUUCCACGCAACGUCUCUCAAUAUCGCGAUACAGGACGGUGCAGACGCUGGCCAGAGCGUGCCACACGUGCACGCACAUAUAAUACCGAGAUCCAGAGGGGAUCUCGAUGCGAAGGGAGGCAAUGACGCCAUCUACUCCAUGAUGGAGAGCGAGCAUGGUGAUUUGUCGUUGAGCUUGAAGGAAAGAGACGCCGGCGUGGUCACUGGGUCUACCCGGGAGAGAAGCAAAUUCCCUGCGCCUGACUCAGACGAGAGUAGGAAGCCCCGGAGCACAGAGGAAAUGAACAAGGAAGCCUCUUGGUUGGCAAGUGAGAUGGCGUACGAUAUUGGACGCGACUGAGCCAAAAGAUAUGCGUGAGUGGGCUGCGUGACCUAACACCUAACUUAUGGCCCCAGAACGGUGUGCAGCCCUACAAAAGGACGCAUUAUAAUCCUCAGCUUCCUGAGUGCAGAACCAAACACAGAGGCGUACUAAUCUAUCUGUGAAACGAGUUCGACAACGUCGAGGAUGAAUCAUCAUUCGAUAUGCUUCGGCAUUUAGCAUUGUGUGUCCAGUCCGACCCCAGGUAUCGCCACAUCCUGACCAUGUUAUGCUAUCUACAUCUAAUAUCCAGCUUGUUUGAUAGGAGACUACUAGAAUCAAGAGCUGAUAGACGAAGAGAUGUGCAAAGCAUUAGGACGUGCGGCCAUAUCGUGAAAGGUACUUGUCGUCGGUGUUGUGGCGGUUCGAUGCAUUUCAGUAGAAGAAUUCUUCUCUUAUCAGCAACAGAUAUUUAAAUCACAG